AGCUGCUGCUGCCUGCUUUAGCCAUCGCUCACACUCUUCUCGUGGCCGAGGAAAACUACAGCCUGCCAAGAUGUGCAAAGGAUUAGCAGCGCUGCCCCACACGUGCCUGGAGAGGGCCAAGGAGAUCAAGACCAAGCUGGGCACACUGCUCCAGAAGCCUGACUCGGCCAUUGACUUCAUCAUCCCCUACCCAGAGAAGCCGGAGAAGCCACCCAAGGCCCAGAAGCCAUCACCGGGGGAGGCUCUGCAGUGGCGUGAUUCACUGGAGAAGCUCCUGCAAGACCCCUACGGGCUCGCCAGCUUCCACAGCUUCCUGCGCUCCGAGUUCAGUGAGGAGAACGCUGAGUUUUGGGUGGCCUGCGAGGACUACAAGAAAAUCAAGUCACCUGUGAAGAUGGCGGAGAAGGCCAAGAAGAUCUAUGAGGAGUUCAUCCAGACCGAGGCACCCAAAGAGGUGAACAUCGACCACUUCACCAAGGAUAUGACCAUGAAGAACCUGGUGGAGCCAUCACCAAGCAGCUUUGACAUGGCCCAGAAGAGGAUCUUUGCCCUGAUGGAGAAAGACUCCCUGCCCAGAUUUGUGCGGUCGGAGUUUUAUCAGGAGUUAAUCAAGUAGCAAUGUGGCAGGGCUGUGCGAGGCAUUCCCUGCGGGCGGUCCCACUGCUUCUGUCUGAACACCUGCCCCUUCUCCUGCAACUGCUUUGCUUUCUUGAUACCAGCCUAAAAGAGCACCCAGGGGCAUUGCUAAACAUUUCCCCCCGUGCUUUGGAUUGUCAGAUGGACUGAUGUCUCCUCUCUUACAGUCUCUUUCCUCUCCUACAAAAGACCAAUUAGCAGAAACCCCUGGUGAUCCUCCCUGGGUUUGGGACCCAGAAGGGCGGUGGAGCAGCCCCAGCCCUGCAGCAGCCGGGAGCCACUUGGGCAGCCAGUGCAUCGCUGGCACUGUGGGGCUCGGCUUUAGUCAGAGGCUCUGAGGUGCUGGCUCUGCCUUCUUAGGACUUCUUAGGACAUUACAAUAUUUCUCCCAGUUUUGCCCUUAUCGCUGGUUUGCUCCAGGCUCCCUCCCUCCUCCCAGCUUCCCAGGGUGUUGCUGAGGCUGCAUAGGGUACCCUAUGCGUGCUCCCCUCCCUGGCCAAGUCCAGCAUGCCUGCAGCCCUGGGGUGCAGGGUGGGGCGUGUCCACCGUGGGAUCAGCAUCACCU